CGGCGCUCAGCUGCGCAGUCUCCGGCUGCGGGCCUGUGGGGAGGAUGGCGGCGUCUUCGAGUGGAGAGAAGGAGAAGGAGCGGCCGGGAGGCGGCUCUGGAGCGGCCGGCGGUAACAGCACGCGAGAGCGGCUGCUGUCUGCGCUGGAAGAUCUGGAAGUUUUGUCGAGAGAACUUAUAGAAAUGUUGGCAAUUUCAAGAAACCAAAAGUUGUUGCCACCUGAUGAGGAAAACCAGGUCCUGGAGUUGUUAAUUCACAGAGAUGGGGAAUUUCAAGAACUGAUGAAAUUGGCACUGAAUCAGGGAAAAAUCCAUCAUGAAAUGCAAGUUUUAGAAAAGGAAGUGGAGAAGAGAGACAGUGAUAUUCAGCAACUACAAAAACAGCUAAAGGAAGCAGAACAAAUACUGGCAACAGCUGUUUACCAAGCAAAAGAAAAACUCAAAUCAAUAGAAAAAGCAAGAAAAGGUGCCAUUUCCUCUGAAGAAAUAAUUAAGUAUGCACAUAGGAUUAGUGCAAGUAAUGCUGUAUGUGCCCCACUGACCUGGGUUCCAGGGGACCCACGGAGACCAUACCCAACUGAUUUAGAGAUGAGAAGUGGAUUAUUGGGUCAGAUGAACAAUCCUUCCACUAAUGGUGUUAACGGUCAUUUACCAGGGGAUGCACUUGCAGCAGGCAGAUUGCCAGAUGUCCUUGCUCCACAAUAUCCAUGGCAGUCAAAUGACAUGUCAAUGAAUAUGUUACCACCAAAUCACAGUAAUGACUUUUUGUUGGAACCUCCGGGGCAUAAUAAAGAAAAUGAAGAUGAUGUAGAAGUUAUGUCAACAGACUCGUCUAGCAGCAGUAGUGACUCUGAUUAAAAACAUAAAAGACAAAAUUCAUACAGAAUUGAAUACUAUGGGGUGGGCACUUGGGUGGCUCGGUUGAGUGCUGGACUGAUUUUGGCUCAGGUCCCGAUUUCAGGGUUGUGAGAUCAAGCCCCUCAUCAGGCUCCGUGCUGGGUGUGGAGUCCACUUAAUAUUCCCUCUCUCCCUCUGCCCCUUCCCCCACCUCUCUUCCUCUCUAAAAAACAAACAGAAUAGAAUACUGUGGAAUUCUGUUUCUUAAACAAUUGGAAGCCUGUAAAAAAUAGCCAGGUAAUACUGGCUAUAGUGGAAUUGUGCAACCCAUCAAAAAUCACUGGACUUUCUUUUUAAAGCCAAAAAUCAUGGUUUCAGUUCUAAAUCACUAAGUGAAUAUUUAAAGAAUAAUCAAAAUUUACUGUUGGGGAAAAAAAAAUUACUCAGUGCUGCUCUACCCUGUUAUAGUGUAGUUAUGUUGAACUUGUACACAGUAGUUCUGGGAAUAAAAGUUGAGAGAAAUGACCCAUGUACAUACCACUCAUCAGCCCCUGGAAUUAUUUAGAAUAAGGGCAGUGGAUCACUGAAUGUGUAUCAUAUCUUGAAAUAACAAAGCCCUCAUUUGAAAGUGAAGGCUGGUAGCUUCUGUUACAGUAACGGGGGGAGAUUGUUUCAAUUUGUACUAUCUGUAAUUAUUGUAAUUUUUGUAAAUAAACUCACUUUUGUUUGUA